AUGCCUUCCAUGGUUCUCCAUGGCAAAGAACUCACUGAACGAGCUUUUGCCCCAGCCACCGCCUAUGGUGUUCACGGAGGCAUUGCCCCAGCCGUCGCUUACGGAGCCCAUGCAGAACCUUCCUCCCCAGCUCACUACGACUUCGGAUACGGCGUCAGCGACCCCCACACCGGCGACAACAAACACCAGCAUGAGUCCAGACGUGGUGAUGUCGUCCACGGUAGCUAUUCUCUUCUCGAAUCCGACGGUACCAAGCGUGUUGUGGAAUAUUCCGCUGAUCCGCACAACGGGUUCAAUGCCGUCGUCCACAAAGAACCUGCUGUACACGCUGCUCCAGCUCUCGCUCAUUCAUAUGCUGCACCAGCUGUAGUAGCUCAUGGUGUUGCCGCCCCAUACGCUCAUCAUGCCCCAGCUUUCGCCCGUGGAUGGUAAGCGGUGACGUAGUUGAAAACCAGAUUUAAAUUUAGUUGGUUGUUGUGUUUGUGAAAUGUAUUUAUAAAAUGUUCUUAGUUGCAAAAUAAAACACGGUUUUAUA